GUUGUGUUCCCGUGGGUCUACAAUGCCUCAUGUCAACAUUUUGGACGCCUGUAAUCAGUGGCAAUAGCAUUGUGCCCAGUGUGCUCCGGCCGGGAAAGUUUACGGGAUUGACUCACCGAUGCUUCUGUUUCCGCGGUUCCUGGUCAUGCCUUGGGAGUCCGUCCUCCCCGAUCGUUUUGAGUUUCGAUAGACUCGAGCCCUGAACUGUGAUUGUUGCCCUAUAAGCCGGCGUCUGAGGGUCUAGAUGUUUCUGUCGUCGAUGCCCAAAGCUGGGGUCGUCGUAUGAGCCUUGCGAACCUGGUUUCCAUAUUUGACCGGCGAAAGGUGAUCGGUCAGCCCAAUUAGUACAGUUAAACCUCACCUCGGGCUCCCCAUUUAGUGGGGUUGCAUCUCUCCUGUUCGAAAUAUUCGAAGUCAUUUCUUUGGGAUUGGACAGUAAACAAUGUCAACAUCCACUCUCUAACAGAGAGACAUAGCAUGGCUCUACUAAGCGUUGUGGUGCUGCCAAGGCGUCAUCCAUCGACCACGAAAUGGGCCCUCGACUAAAACCUGUAGUGCACGAUGCGAUCUGAGUAAUACACGCAAAACGACGCAGGGCUGGUGCUGUCAGAGAUUGAAUCACCGUCUGACAGAAUAACGAACGAAUGAAGUGCGUGAAGUCGACCUCUUUCUGACCCGGGUCGGCGGUGGCUGCAGCUUCCAUGAAACCGCACGCGGCAGUUGCCUGAAAAAGCUCAGACGCCUCCUAAAUUUCAAUCGACAGCCCGACAACAAGGCCGCCCAUUCGUCCGUCCAACCCACAAACGUCGCCACCGACCGUGCUGGACAACCGCUGCCGACAUGGAAGGGCAGGCAAUUGAGAUGGCAGAUGAUGAUGUUUGGGACGACUCCGCCCUGAUCAGGUCCUGGGAUGAGGCUUUGGACGAGUACAAGAAAUACCACAGCAUUCAUGCAAGCGGAGGAAAGCUGGAGGACCUUCCCGAGUAUUCACAGGAUGCCAAGCCUGAAACGAGCGGGACACACCAUCAGUCUGAGCCCGUCUGGUCGUCUGCUGCACUGACAUCGGACCAAAAUGCACCCCAGAACCAGCCGGCUCAGGAGCAGCGCGAGCAGAUCGCCGCGGGAAGCACAGAUGAUGCUACCAAGGAUGGCAUGAACGAUGGCGUGGCCGGUGGUAGUGGCGAUGGCAGACACGCCGGCGAGGGCCAGGGUGAGGGCGCCGGCGGAGGAAACAUGGCCCCUCCACAGUUUCUGAUGGGCUCUGUGCAAGAUGAGGGCCUGAAGAGGCUCCUCAUGUCCUGGUAUUACGCCGGGUACUAUACGGGCUUGUACGAAGGCAAGCAGACCCGCCAGGACCAGCAAUAAGCCAGGGCAGGCAGCAUCAGCCCCGGCCGUGAUCGCCAUUUACCAAGGCCUGCAUCGCGCAUCACGGCAUGGGAGUCGAGGCGUGGGAGAGCCUGGGAGCCUGCACAGCAGCAUAUAUCAGUGUGGAGGCUGAGCAUCGGAUGCAAGCCGGCACGAAGGCGCGGCGGGGCACGACCAAGCCAUGGCACAGUUUUGUUAGUGACGAGAAACAAAUCUUGCUGGCCGGGAGUUCGGCGUCCUGCCAGCGCCGCAAGCGGGACUUUGGGUAUACUACUGUCGAGUAAGGCAGCGCAAGGCUAGGGGUGAGCGCCUUUAUCCAAACCUCCCCUGAUCGACCUUCAGGACGGGGUUUCUGUAACAGCUCGCGUUGCAGCAGCGAGGGGGAACGUGCUGUGCUGCUAGCCUGCUAGCCUGCUGGGCCGGCAGCAGAGCUAAGCUGUCCGUGGCCCAUGCAACCACGUUGGGGAGGACUAGUAGGGGGGGAAAGUGUUGUAGAGUUCUCGUCCUGUAAAAGAUUGGGCAAAACUACGAACAGACGUUCACCUCAAUUUCUCGGCAAGGGACAUUAGGCUUGAACGAUUCAGAUGGUGGCGUCGACCUCGUCAGGACCCGUGCUGUGCAAUCAUAGUGUGUACUCAAGUACUUGGCCAUGACAGAAGACGAAACAAAGUUACUCUCUAGGCUGCGUGACACGGGGUUUUCCCACAUGGCCUGAAAACAUUG